AGGAAAUAACACGGCUAGUGCAUCACAACUCUACAUCCGAGCAGAACCUGGGAGGAAGAAUCAAAUAGCUGGAGAUAUCCCUGCACCUCUGCAGUAGGAAAGGGGAAUCAUGGAUGGUGCACUGGCUGUGAUGAUGGUUGUAAUUGUGGCACAUUGUGGAACUGUGCCCACGAGUUCACCCAGCCAAGAAGAUCUCUCUAAAGCCCAGGCCUAUCUGUCUCAGUUUUUCUCUGAUGUGGGCGUCAGCGCUCCCAACACUGUCAGGCGAAGCGCUCUCGAUUCGUUUGACGACACUCUCAGAAAAAUGCAGGAGUAUUUUGGCCUGGAGGUAACAGGGCAACUGGACUCCAACACCAUGGAGGUGAUGGCCCGACCUCGCUGCGGAUUCACAGAUGUGACCAGAUAUAGCCAUUUUGACGGUGAACCAAAGUGGGAGAAGCCCGUGGUCACAUACAGGAUAACGAACUACACGCCAGACUUGUUUCGAAGGGAGGUGGAUGCCACCAUAGCCAAAGCUCUGAAAGUCUACAGUGACGUCAUUCCUCUGGAUUUCAAGCAGAUCUACAGAGGCACCGCUGACAUCAUGAUCAUGUUCAAGGCUCGAGAUCAUGGAGAUUUUGCUCCAUUCGAUGGGAAAGGUGGGAUCUUGGCACAUGCGUUCUCACCUGGGGAAGGCAGAGGAGGCGACGCCCAUUUUGAUGAAGAUGAAAAGUGGACACUAAGCUCGGAAGGAUACAACCUGUUCUUGGUGGCAGCACAUGAGUUUGGCCAUGCACUGGGAUUAGCCCAUUCUAACGUGGAGACAGCCCUGAUGUAUCCCAGCUACAUGUAUGUGGACACAGAUGGGUACAUGCUACCAGAAGAUGACAGGCGGGGAGUACAGGCUAUUUACGGAGUCAGAGGCGGAUCAGCUGAGCCGACGACUAAACCUGAACCGACGACUGAACCUGAGCCGACGACUGAACUUGAGCCGACGACUGAACCUGAGCCGACGACUGAACCUGAACCGACGACUGAACCUGAACCGACGACUGAACCUGAGCCGACGACUGAACCUGAGCUGACGACUAAACCUGAGCCAGAUCCACUGCCUACCAUCAGGCCUGCACCAAAACCACAACCAACACCUGAACUAACACCUGAACCAACACCUGAACCAACACCCGAACCAACACCCGAACCAACACCCGAACCAACACCUAAACCAACACCCGAACCAACACCCGAACCAACACCCGAACCAACACCCGAACCAACACCCGAACCAACACCUGAACCCACAGCAGAACCCACAGCAGAACCCACAGCAGAACCCACAGGAGAACCUAUUCCAGACAGGUGCAGCAGGCACCUGAUUUUUGAUGCUGCAACCUCCAUUAAAGGCAAUAUUUACUUCUUCAAAGACAAAUAUUUCUGGAAGAAGAGCAGGUCCUGGGACGGCGUCAGCAUGAGAAGAAUUGAAUCUGUCUGGCCUGGAGUCGAAAGAGUUGAUGCUGCUUAUGAAUAUAAAAAAUCCGCCUUUUUCUUUGAAGGGAAUCAGUACUGGGAGGUCAGAAGAACCAUUGUCAUGUCUGGUUAUCCCAAACCUCUCAGCGACUUCGGCUUCCCUUCAUCUGUCACCAAGGUGGAUGCUGCUGUCCAUGUGUCAUUCAAAGGGAGAACCCUCUUCUUUGUGAGGAACAAAUACUGGAGCUACAAUGAAAGGAGGGGCAGAAUGGAUGGUGGGUACCCCAGAUUCAUUUACAAGGAUCUCCCCGGUGUUGGCUUUAGAGUGGAUGCUGCUUUCCAGAACAGAGCUUACCUGUACUUCACCUACGGAUCCAGACAGGUCGAGUACCACUACCGACGAAGAAGAGUCAUCCGCACUCUGUUGAACAAUGGAUGGAUGGAUUGUGACUAAAGAAACAACAAAUCCACAUAUAUAUGCAAUAAUAGCUGGUAAUGGUCUACUUCACUUACUAAUCCUGAGCAGCUUGUAGAGGCUUUUCUGCAGAAAUCGGUAUGGAAAUAAAAAUGCACAAAUGAAAUAGAAGAACAAUCCUGUAGGCAGCAAACAACUGUCAAUGAUUCCAUUGAGUGUGAUUUAAUAAAGCUUGUUAAAAUAA